UCCAUCUGCACUGUGCGCAUUACAAACUCGAACAGUAAACAUAAUAUAUAUAUACUACGUGGUGCACGUGCAUAUCUCGCUCAAUAUGGAUGAUUUCCUCGUCGGCAAUGAGGAAAUCAUCAAACUUAAUUUGGAGUUGAAAAUCUACAAAUAUCAGGACGGAGUCAUGGAGUUGGAGCCGAGCGUGAAGAACUACGAAUGGGGAAAUCGUGGCAGCAGGAGCGUCAUCGCGAGGAUGCUGUACGGCGAGUACGCGGUCCUCAAAGAAGACGUGAACGAGAAUGAGGAUGAGAGAGUGAAGCCCUUUGCUGAAUUGUGGAUGGGAACGCAUCCGUCCGGUCCAUCGACCAUCAAGUACACGGAUGAACCCCUCUCGCACUACAUCGACAACAAUCCCGACUGUCUCGGUCAAGAGAGUGUCGAGCUUUUCGGGCAACGUCUGCCAUUCCUCUUCAAGAUAUUGAGCAUCAGAAAAGCGUUGAGCGUUCAAGCCCAUCCGAACAAGGAAUUCGCGCAAGAGUUGCACGCCAAAUUCCCGGACAUCUACAAAGACGACAACCACAAGCCGGAGCUCGCCAUCGCUCUAACACCCUUCAAGGCGAUGUGCGGAUUUCGACCUCUGCACGAGAUCCGAAAGUUCAUCAAAGAUGUCCCAGAAUUGCGAACUGUCAUCGGCGCCGCCAACGCGGAUAAACUGAUAAACUCUACCACCAAGUCCGAUGGUAUGGAUGCCCUGAAGACGUGCUUUCGAUCUCUGAUGACUUGUAACCCUGAUGACGUCUCUUCACAGCUGCACGUCCUGCUGGACACGUACAAAAAGCAAUGCAAGAAAAAGGACGAAUUGUUGGAUUUGAUUUUGAGUUUGGCACUGGACUUCCCCGGAGACGUAGGCUGUUUCUCGCCGUAUUUCCUAAACGUCAUCAGCUUGAAGCCGGGCCAGGCGAUCUUCUUGGGUCCAAACAUACCUCACGCAUACAUAUCGGGAGAUUGCAUAGAGUGCAUGUCCAGCUCGGACAACGUGGUGAGGGCAGGUCUGACGCCCAAAUUCAAGGACGUCGAGACGCUCUGCUCGAUGCUCGAUUACGACGGAAAACCAGCCGAAGAGCAUUUCUUGCCACCGAUCGAAGUGAGCGACGUGUUGCAUAUCUACAAGCCGCCGGUUGCUGAUUUCCUGGUGGAAAAAUUCACGAUUACCGAGGUUUCCGCCUACCUCAUUCCGGCCGUCGCCGUUGCGAGCAUCCUGCUGUGCGUCGACGGUUCUGCUGAAACGUCAGAUGGGCCAUCUCUGCACACCGGAAACGUUGUCUUCGUCUCCGCAGGACGAGAGCUUCAGCUGAAACCGUACUGCCAGAGUGGAUGUCGAUUCUUCAGGGCGAUGGUGAAUCUGCAUCAUCCACUGCAUCCUUGAAAAUGCGUGUGCUUCAGAUGAGAACGCGUACACUUUUCAUCCUGUACACCUCCACACCCAUCUUCUUUAUCCCAUAGCAAAUACAUUAAAGUCAUUCAUCCUGCAAACGCACCCACAUCUCAUUCACUUAUAAUAAUAAUAGGAAAGAAAGAAAUAAAUAAAGUUCAAGAGAGCCA